AUGAAAGAAAAAAAAAUAGAGGAUGAAAUAUUGAGAAAGGAAAUAAGACAAAAUAAAAGAGAAAAAGUAGUAAAUAUAAAAAAUGCAGGAAUAAAAAGUAAUACAAAAAGCACUAUGGCUGAUAGUGAUGAAGAUUAUUCAAUUAUAACAUUAUGUACAAAAUGCUUAUCAAAAAAAAUAGGAGAUAAUAAAAAUAAAAUAAUUUUAGAUAGUAAAGCUUUUAAAGAUAAUAGACUUAAAAAUCGUAACAGCAUAAGUAAUACAGAUCCAUUAUCUCAUCAUUUAAAUUUAUCUCCUUAUUUUGAUAGAUCACAAAUAAUUCAAGAAAUAAUAUUGAUGAAUGAUGUUGAAUUAACCGAAGUAUAUGAAUUUGAUAAAUACAAAUUAGGGAAAGGAUCUUACGGAAAUGUAGUAAAAGCAGUAAGUAAAAAAACAGGUCAACAAAGAGCUAUUAAAAUAAUUGAAAAAAAAAAAAUUCAUAAUUUAGAAAGAUUAAAAAGAGAAAUACUAAUAAUGAAACAAAUGGAUCACCCUAAUAUAAUUAAAUUAUAUGAAGUAUACGAAGAUCAUGAAAAACUCUAUUUAGUGUUAGAAUUAUGUUACGGUGGAGAAUUAUUUGAUAAAAUUGUUAAAUAUGGAAGUUUUUCCGAAUAUGAAGCAUAUAAGAUUAUGAGACAAGUUUUUUCAGCUAUAUAUUAUUGUCACAGCAAAAAUAUUAUGCAUAGAGAUUUAAAACCUGAAAAUAUUUUAUACGUAGAUGACUCUGAUGACUCACCUAUACAAAUAAUUGAUUGGGGAUUUGCCAGUAAAUGUAUGAAUAAUCACAACUUAAAAUCAGUUGUAGGAACUCCUUAUUAUAUAGCACCUGAAAUAUUAAGGGGGAAAUAUGAUAAAAAAUGUGAUAUAUGGAGUAGUGGAGUUAUCAUGUAUAUUUUAUUAUGUGGAUACCCUCCAUUUAAUGGAAAAAAUAAUGAUGAUAUCUUAAAAAAAGUAAAGAAAGGAGAAUUCAUUUUUGAUCCUAAUUAUUGGUCGAGAGUCAGUGAUGACGCAAAAGAUUUAAUUUGUGAAUGCUUAAAUUAUAAUUAUAAAGAAAGAAUUGAUGUUGAAGGUGUACUAAAUCAUAGAUGGUUUAAAAAAUUUAAAACCAAUAAUAUAGUUAUAAAUAAAAGUUUAAAUAGAAAAUUAAUAGAAAAAUUUAAGGAAUUUCAUAAAUUAUGCAAAAUUAAAAAAUUAGCUGUAACUUGUAUUGCUUAUCAAUUAAAUGAGAAAGAAAUAGGAAAAUUAAAAAAAACUUUUGAAGCAUUUGAUCAUAAUGGAGACGGAGUACUAACUAUCUCUGAAAUAUUUCAGUGUUUAAAAGUUAAUGAUAAUGAAUUAGAUAGAGAAUUGUAUUUUUUAUUGAAACAACUAGAUACUGAUGGGAAUGGAUUGAUCGAUUACACGGAAUUUUUAGCUGCAUGCCUAGAUCAUAGUAUAUUUCAACAAGAUGUAAUUUGCAGAAAUGCUUUUAAUGUAUUUGAUUUAGAUGGAGAUGGAGUCAUUACAAAAGAUGAAUUAUAUAAAAUUUUGUCUUUUAGCGCUGUUCAAGUUUCCUUUAGUAAAGAAAUAAUUGAAAAUUUAAUAAAAGAAGUAGAUUCUAAUAAUGAUGGAUUUAUUGAUUAUGAUGAAUUUUAUAAAAUGAUGACUGGAGGAAAAACUUGA